GAGCGCUAUGGUUCAUAACAUCCAUGUGUUCAGCCUCUCAAACUCCUGAACUGAAUCAACAAAAUUGGAUACUUCAUAUAAACAGAAACUACCAAAAUUGAUGCAAACAUUGAUUGCAUACAGCUUUAACUACAGCUGUGAGACGACAAAGACCUCACUAUGAGUAAAUCAAGAGACAACAAUCCCACAUCUUUCCACCUGGAGACAGAUGACAGGUCAGAAGAGGAGAGGGCGAGGGCCAAACACACAAAAAAAAGUCCUGGUAAGGACAAGAUGCCCAUGGACUCCAACUACCUGGAAGACGUAGUGGAUGCCACACCCAGAAUUAAAAUCAAUUUUCAUUUUGACAAGGGAAUCAGACAAGUGAAAGAGGAACCGUCUCACAAAGACAGUGAGGCCUUUACCAUCAAGACGCUGUUUGAGGCCGUUUCCCGUGGUGACGUGUCUAAACUGCAGGGUUUACAUCAGUACCUGCACAAAAACAUGAAACAUCUCACUGACUCUCAAUAUAAGUCCAAUGGAAAGACAGUCUUGCUCAAAGCUCUUUUAAACUUAAAGGACGGUGAAAAUGACACCAUUGCAUAUCUGCUUGACAUUGCAGAGAAAAUGGGAGAUUUAAAGAAUUUUGUCAAUGCUGCUUACACAGACAGUUUCUACAAAGGUCAGACGGCUCUCCAUGUUGCCAUUGAGAGGAGAAGCGCAAAGUUUGUACAGAUGCUGGUUAAGAAAGGGGCUGAUGUCCACGCUAAGGCCUGUGGGAAAUUCUUUCAGCCCAAUGAAAGGAUGUGUUUCUAUUUUGGUGAGUUGCCGUUGUCACUGGCAGCUUGUACGAAUCAACCAGACAUUGUGGAUUUCCUGAUGGAAAACCCAUACCAGCCAGUGGAUGUCAAGCAGAGGGAUUCUCAUGGAAACAUGGUGCUUCACGCUUUAGUAACAAUAGCAGAUAACAGCCCUGAGAACACAGAGUUUGUCAUCGCCAUGUAUGACCACAUCUUAAAGAAAUCCGCUCAACUCCAUCCAAAACUAAAACUGGAGGAAAUUGAGAAUAACCAGGGACUCACACCUAUCAAACUCGCAGCCAAAACUGGAAAAUAUGGGCUGUUUAAGCACAUUGUACAGAGGGAGUUCAAAGACUGCAGGCAGCUGUCUCGGAAGAUCACAGAGUGGGCAUAUGGUCCGGUGUGCUCCUCACUGUAUGAUCUCGCCUCACUCGACAGCUAUGAGAAGAACUCUGUGCUGAAGAUAAUCGUCUAUGGCAGCGAGAUUCCUAACCGUCUUGAGAUGCUUCAUAUUGAGCCACUUAAUAAACUGCUUGAAGAGAAGUGGGAUAGAUUUGCUCAAUGGAUUUUUUUUUUCAACUUUAUCUUUUACCUUGCCUACCUUGUCAUCUUCACAACAGUAUCUUAUUACCGACAAGAAGGAACGCCUCCAUUUUACUAUGACGAUGAAAGAGAGCACAAGCGGUUUUUAGCAGGACAUAUUAUAACCUCCACUGGAGCCGUUUACUUCUUUUUCAGAGGGGUAGUAGAUUUGAUUAGGAAGCGUCCAAGAUUUCAGUCCCUGUUGAUAGACGGAUACACUGAUCACCUUUUUUUACUGCAGGCCGUGCUCUUCCUGGUGUGUGCUGUACUGUACAUUUGUGGUCAAGAUGAAUACCUGGCAUUUCUGGUUUUGAGUCUUGCUUUGAGCUGGGUGAAUCUGCUCUACUUCUCCAGAGGAUCCAAAUUUAUGGGAAUCUACAGUGUCAUGAUACAAAAGAUGAUUCUUGGAGAAAUUCGGAGAUUCCUUGUUGUGUACAUGGUCUUUCUCAUUGGAUUCUCUGCAGCUGUGGUGACUCUUCUUGAUGGUAAACCUAGACAGAAGAGCCGUACCUUUUUCAAACCUCUUCAAAAUUCAACUGGAGACUGCGUGAAACCAGAAUAUGAUAACAUCUACCGCACUACUCUAGAGUUGUUUAAGUUUGCCAUUGGCAUGGGAGAUCUGGAGUUCACAGACCAGUAUAAAUAUCAGACUGUGUUUUAUGUGCUGAUGAUCUUGUAUAUAGUGUUGACAUACAUUCUGCUGCUAAACAUGCUGAUCGCUCUGAUGAAUAAAAGCGUGGAGGAUACACAUAAAGAGAGCACUAGUAUCUGGAAACUACAGCGUGCAAUGACCAUCUUGGACAUGGAAUGGUUUCUUCCUCGCUGUCUGAAAAAAAGGCUGCGCUUUGGGGAAGAGAAAGAUCUGGGUGAAGGACAAGAACCGGAUCAACGCUGGUGUUUCAGUGUGGAGGAAGUUAACUGGAACCAAUGGAACAGAAACCUCGGUAUAAUCAAUGAGGAUCCUGGGAAUUUAGCCAUGCCUGAACCGUCACCACCUAAACCCAAAAGAGAGUUCAGCCGGCUUGGACUCCUCCCAACUUUCAGUAAGCGGUGGACACAAAGACAAACGCAACGCAGUGAUGCACACGAGCUCAGUCCUCUAGCUGAAGUCUCUAGCGCCCCCUGAUGGACUCAUCAUGAACAACAACACCACUAUGUUGAAUCACCGGUGACUGUGUAAAAUAUAUGGUACGCCAGGCUGCUUUAAAAGUAUUGAACAAGCUGUUUGAAAGUAUUCUAUGACGAUAAAUCAGUAGCAAAACUUGAAAGCAUGUAGAUUUUAAUUUGUGAACUUGUAAAGUAAGUAUUUGUACCUGUACACUAAAAUGUACACUCACAACCCCAAUGUGAAAACUUGUAAAAUGAAAAACUGAAGUUGAAUGUUGAGAUUUGCACUCGUGGUCGUGGACACAACACACAUGUGUAAACUGGCAUUUACAAAAUACAUAAUUUACACGUUUAACUAGAUUCAGAUUUGAAUUGCAACCACAAAUAAGCAUCUGCAACCUCUCAAACCUGUCACUGCAGUUUCAAAUCUCUCGCCUCUGAGCUGCACAAGUGCACAAGUUAGUUUUGCAACGGGUUUAUCGCGAAAGUAGUAGCAAAAGUCAAGGCGGGAAGAUUUGAAACUGCAGUGACAGAUUUGAGAGGUUGUAGAUGGCUAUUUGUGGUUGCAAUUCAAAUCUGAAUAUAGGAAAAAGUGUAAAUUAUGUAUUUUGUAACAUGUGUUUUGUAAAUGCCAUGUUACACAUUUGUGAGUAUUUUUCUGCAACUUCAAAUUCAGAAGACAGAUUUGUGAGUUGUGUCAACGAGUCAAAUCUCAACAUUUAACUUCAGUUUGUUAUUUUACAAGUUUUCACAUUGGGGCGGUGAGUGUACAGGUACAAAUACUUACUUUACAAGUUCACAAAUUAAAAUCUACACGCUUUCAAGUUUUGCUACUGAUUUAUCGUCAUAGUAUUCAACCUAAGGAAUUAACGUGUAAUCCGUUUAGAUGAUUUAUAGGAGAUAAAAACAGGGUCCCCCUUCAAAUGACUUUUUAUUGGUUAAAACUUCUCUUUAAACUUCACUUUUGUAUAUUGCAUAAAUGUUUGCAACGGGGACUUUUUACAUGAACACGAAAUUAACCAUGGUAACUAUAACCAUAGUUUAUAGGUAUGUGUAGUAAAUCUAUGGUGGUAAUCAAUCUGCCAGCAUUAGCCUACUACGUUUUCUUCUAUAAUAAAACUAUGGUUCAUUUCCCUACGUACGUUUUGAAGAUCAGCAACUCUAAGCAAUAACCUUCAAAUUAAAUAUUACAAACAAUGUAAAACAAUCCCAAUAUAAUACGACCCAGCAGUAUAUCAUUAGGUAGAUGUUCGUAUAGGGCAUUGUGACAAAUGUUUGCAUGUUGCCCUCUUGUGGUGUUUCUCACGACUAAUGAGGCACCCAGAACUGACAAACGCCAAAGGACGUCACAAUGUAUCUGACAUCCACAAUAACAGCAUUGCGUCUCUGUUAAACUAGUACGGUGAUUGUGUGCUUUCUGUCCUGUUGCAUUCUCACAGCCAUUUCAUUUGAAUGUGUCCUCGCCAGGCCUUCUUUACUUAAUUUACUGGCCAUUAAAGUUCAAUGCUCAUUAUUUCAGUGACGGGUCACGUCCCCUGUCGCCAUUAUUUUACUGCGCCCCGCCGAGUUAAAGUGCUGUAACCCCAGAUCGCGUCUGUCCUGCUGUGCUACUCUUUAUAUAACUUACAUUUCCAUACGCGCUAGACGCCUCAAAUCCCAGACAAAGUGCCAGGGCUGCGUCACUUCCUGGCUCUGCGUCGCUUUGAUGAAGAGCCAAUAAAAUAGCGACAGGCAAUCAUGCGUUUGUGCGACAGCUGUUAAACAGAGACAGCAAGGGGAACGGUGAGCUCACACUGAGAAGAAAUAGCUGUCCCUCAGAAUGUAGAUUUUUUAGAUUAUAAUAAAAAUUUGGCGUGCUUAUGCCCUAUAUCACUUUCUCUCAGGGAUAAUAACAUCGUUAUGACACAAACAUUUAGCAUGUUAACAAAAUAAGUAUUAGACUCUUACACACACACUGUAGAUAAUUAUCAUAAACAAAUAGCUGCAUGUACAUUUCAUGUAAAUGCUUUUAAACAAUUUGUAUUGUGAAAAGUGAUAUAUAAAUAAAAAUGAAAUACAAUUU